AUGGGCGCCGUUUGCUGUUGCCUCUCUGAGCCUGUCGACUAUAAUGCCGAGGUUACACUCUACCACUUCGAUCUCCAUCGCGCGGUCGGUAAAGGUGCUUUCGGCAAAGUUCGCGUGGUCGAGCACAAACCCACCAAAAAACUAUACGCCCUCAAAUAUAUCGACAAGACCCGGUGCAUCCGACAAAAGGCGGUCGCCAACGUGAUACAGGAGCGUCGUUUACUGGAAGAAAUUGACCAUACUUUCAUUGUCAACAUGCGUUAUGCCUUCCAGGACGACGAGAACUGUUUCUUCGUUCUUGACCUCAUGUUGGGUGGAGACCUGCGAUUCCACCUUGAACGUCGAGGCUCAAUACCGGAGGACGUUGUAUGCUUCUGGAUUGCUGAACUCUCUUGUGCCUUGGAGUAUCUCCACCGACAGAAGAUCAUUCACCGCGACCUUAAACCCGAUAAUAUCCUUCUCGAUGCCAUGGGUCAUGCCCACCUUACUGACUUUAACGUUGCUAUUCACUAUUCUGAACGAAGAUUACACACGAGCGUCGCUGGUUCCAUGGCUUAUAUGGCGCCUCAAGUUGUUGGACGAACUGGCUACAACUGGGCAAUUGACUGGUGGAGUCUCGGCGUAACAGCAUAUGAGCUCCUCUUCCAUCGUCGACCAUUUGACGGUCGUACCUCGGAUCGCAUGACCCAGUCAAUCCUCAAAGACCCAUUAAAAUUCCCUGAAGAUGCCCGGUCCAAGGUUUCGGACGCAGGUAUUAAGGCCUUGAAAGGGUUCAUCGAAAGGGAUCCUGCCCUUCGCUUAGGUUGUCGCUCUGACAGCCAAGGUAUUGAAGAUAUCCAACAGCACCCAUGGUUUGCUGCCAUCAAGUGGGACGAUCUUCAAAGCAAGGAAGCGCAGCCGCCUUUCGUCCCUGACAUGAAAGCCGCCAACUUUGACGUAUCUCAUGAGCUUGAUGAGUUCCUGAUGGUUGAGAAACCAUUGACCCAUACGAAACGGAAAGCCAACGCCGACCUCGACAAGCUCAAACCCGAGCUCCGAGAAUUGGAAGAAAAGUUCACCGUUUAUGACUUCAUGCAAUCCAAGAGGAUGUCCUACUACCCGCAUAACCAACCAAUCGUCACUGUUGGCUCCGAUGACAGUGACCGGACACUGGCACCAUCCCACACAGCAACAAUGGCUGAAAGGUCACAAGCAGGGUCUCCCAUGUUCGAUGGAGCCCACCAUGACCACCCAGUACCCAGUGUCCCUGCCAGGGCUUACACUCCGCCAUGA